AUGAAAUUUUCAAUUGUAGCAGUAAUUACUGCUUUUUUAAUGAGUUCAAUUUUAGCUCAUCCAUUAGAAAAACGUACUACAAAUGAUACAAAGAUUGCUUUAGAGGACGUUAGUGACAAUUCCAAUGAUUUGAAAACGGCAUUUGGUAAACCAUAUGCAAUUUUCCAACCAAAAGUAGUUGUUGUUUCGAUGUUUGAAUUGGAAAGAGAUCCAUGGUUAAAAGAAUUAGAUUUUGUUCAUAAUGUCAGUGUUCCUGGAUUGUCACCAUUAUAUCCACAAGUUCAUUUUACUACUAAUUAUACAAUCAUGCAAGCUACCACUGGAGAAGGCGAAAUUAAUGCAGCUUCAUCAAUUACUGCAUUAUUAUUGAAUCCAUUAUUUGAUUUUUCAAAGAGUUAUUUUUUAAUUGCUGGUAUUGCUGGUGGUGAAAGUAGUUUAACUACCAUUGGUAGUGUUACUUUUGCCAAAUACGCUGUUCAAGUUGGUUUACAAUAUCAAGUUGAUUAUAGAGAAUACAUUCAUACUAAUCCAAAUUGGACUUCGGGCUACUUUGGAUACGGGGUUGAUAAUCCAUGGACAUAUCCAGCCAACGUUUAUGGUACUGAAGUAUUUGAAUUGAAUGAAAACUUACGGGACCGUGCGGUUAAAUUAGCUAAAACUGCCGAAUUAAAUAAUGGUACUGAAGCAAAUGCUAAAUUUAGAGCUUUAUAUAAUGAAACUGCUGCAAGAUCCUUACCAAAAGUUGUUGCUUGUGACUCUUAUACUAGUGAUAACUAUUACUUUGGUAAUGUUUUAUCCGAUUAUUUCAAAGCUUAUGGAGAAAUGAUGACUAAUAGUACUGGUUCAGAUAAAUUUAGAUACUGCUCCACUGCUCAAGAAGAUAAUGCUUCUUUAGAAGCCUUUUUAAGAAUGGAUUUACAUGGUUUGGUUGAUUUUUCAAGAGUUGUUGUUAUGAGAACCAUUUCUGAUUUCGCCAGACCCCCUCCUUCUUAUGCUAAUGAUACCGUUGGAUUCUUCAAUGAUGCUAACCAGGGUGGUAUUUCUGCCUCAAUUGCUAAUUUGGUGAUUGCUGGUAAACCAUUUGUCCAUGAUGUUUUAACUCACUGGGAUGACAUCUAUGCUGCCGGUGUCAAGCCAGAUAACUACAUUGGUGAUAUUUUACAAUCCAUAGGAGGUGUUGCCGAUUACGGUAAAGACUCUUUCGAAGUUGCCUAAACCUGUGGUGUACCGACGCAAACCCAACAUCAUCAAAAUCCUGCAUGAAGCAAAUAAUAGCUGUCAAACCUCAAUCUGUAUACAUGGCCCAGUCUUAGCCUUAGCCUUGGUCUUAGUCUUAGCCUUAGCCUUAUUAUUAGCCCACAUACCCAUAUACCUACAUAUCUGCUUUCUUAUGCUUAUACUUUCG